AUGGCUGCCCUACGUGUCCUGCUGCCCCGCGCCCGCGGCCCGCUGUGGCCCAGGGCUGGCUGCUCCACGCUGCGUUCCUUCGCCUCAGGUGCCAACUUUGAGUACAUCAUCACUGAGAAGAAGGGGAAGAGCAGUAACGUGGGGCUGAUCCAGCUGAACCAUCCCAAAGCGCUCAAUGCGCUGUGCAGGGGCCUCAUGUCAGAGCUCAGCCAGGCACUGGAGGCCUUUGAGGGCGACCCAGCUGUGGGGGCCAUCGUCCUCACUGGCAGCGAGAAGGCCUUUGCAGCGGGAGCUGAUAUCAAGGAGAUGCAGAACUUGACAUUCCAGGACUGCGUCGCUAGCAAGUUCUUGAGCCACUGGAAUCAAGUGGCUCAUGUCAGAAAGCCAGUGAUCGCGGCCGUCAACGGCUACGCGCUUGGUGGGGGCUGCGAGCUGGCCAUGAUGUGUGACAUCAUCUACGCAGGAGAGAAGGCACAGUUUGGACAGCCCGAGAUCCUUAUAGGCACCAUCCCAGGUGCUGGGGGCACACAGAGACUCACACGAGCCGUCGGAAAGUCGCUGGCGAUGGAGAUGAUCCUCACUGGUGACCGGAUCUCGGCCCAGCAGGCAAAGCAGGCAGGUCUCGUGAGCAAGGUUUUCCCAGUGGAGACCCUGGUGGAGGAAGCCAUAACGUGUGCAGAAAAAAUUGCCAGCAAUUCUAAAAUUGUGGCAGCAAUGGCCAAGCAAUCAGUGAAUGCAGCUUUUGAAAUGACGUUGACAGAAGGAAACAACUUGGAGAAGAUGCUCUUUUAUUCCACUUUUGCCACAGAAGACCGGAAAGAAGGGAUGACUGCAUUCAUGGAGAAGAGAAAGGCCAACUUCAAAGACAAGUAG